AUGAUGCUGCUGGGCAGCGCCUACGACGACUUCCGCGUGGGCGUGCCCAACGGCGCGCGGCUGUCGGCGCAGGGCCACGGCGCCUGGUUCGGCGACGACAACCCCUUUGGCCUCGACUGGGCCAUGUUCGACUACACCUGGAGCCUCGAGCUCUGCGCGUCGGACAGCGACAUGGACGGCCAGCACAACGGCUUCGAGCUCGGCGACGAGUGCUGCUGCUGGGACGCGAAAACGGCCUGGGCCCUCGCCGUCGCGCCGAGCUUCCGCGGCGGAGAGACAAGAACCAGCCACUCCGAGUCGUACGCGAAGCACGGCAUCGAGGACCUGCCCCGCGGCGACCUGCUGAGCCACCCGGGCGACCCGACGUCGACGUCGCCCGCGGCGCGGCGCGUGCGCGGCGUCGGCGAGGGCUGCGAGGCCCUCUGCGCGCGCGUCGCGGCCGGCGCGGAGCGCGCGCUCGCGGCCUCGAAACGCGAGCGGCCCGCGCGCUUCGGCGCCCUCGACGUCGCCACGGUGCCCGCGUUGCAGCUCCUGCUGGGCCUGAGCCUCGGCCUCGCCGCCGCGGCGCUUCUUUUGCCGACCGUCGGCGCGGCGAAGCACGCGAGAAAUCUGGGACCGCUGGGCCUCGCGCGGCUCGUCGCGCUCGCGGCGGCCUACGACGACGUCGCGGGGCUGCUGCUCCACGUCGUUUUGGACCACCACAGCGCCGUCGACGCCGCCCACCACCUCGCGCCGACGAAGCUCGCCGCGGCGCCCGCCGCGAAGUUCCUCUUCGCGCGCCUCGCGCCCGCGGCCGCGGUCGUCUGGGCGACGCUCGCGGGCCUGCUGCUCCUCGCCCGCGUCCGCGGCGGCGCCUUCGACGCGAGCCGCGCCGCGCCGACGGCGCUCUUCGUCUACGUCGCGGGCUCGGCGGGCGCGCUCUCGCAGUUCGCGCACCGGUGGGCGCACGCGCCGUCCUGGACGUCGCCCGCCUGGGUCCGCUGCCUCGUCGCCGCGGGGCUCGUGCUCUCGCCGCGGACCCACGGCCUCCACCACGUCGCGCCCCACGGGUCCCACUUCUCCACGUCGCUCGGCUACGCGGACGCGAUCGUCGAUCCCGCGCUCGAGGCGAUCCCGGCCGCGUCGCGCGCCUGGGUCGUCGCCUGCGGCCUCUGGCUCCUCCUCCCCGCGGUCCUCGCGUCGCCCCGGGCGACGGCGGCGGCGCAGCGGGCGCGGACGGCGGCCUGCGAGCGCCUCGAGCGGGGCCGCGGGACGCCGCCCGACGGCGGCGACGCGGCCCGGGGCGCGGCGCUUGCCGCCGCCGGCUUGUUGGUCUUGGGCCACGCCGAGGACUGGGCCCGCGGCGCGGCCGUCCCCUGGCAGCCUCUGGGCGCGGCCGUCGGCGCCUUUGGCUUCCUGCCGAGGUUCGCCGCGCCUCGCCGCGGCGCGGCGGCCGGCCGCCACCUCGCGGCGGCCCUGGCCUGCUUCGCCGCCGGCGAGGCGUGCGCCGCCGUCCAGCGCCGCGCCCGCUACCUGCCGCAGCCCCUCGGGGACCCGCUCGAGCGGCCCGACGCGGUCCUCGGCGCCGCGGCGGCCGCGGGCCUCGCGCUCCGCGGCGUCGGCGACGUCCUCGGCCUCGAGCUGCGGCGCGCCGACGCGGCGCUCGUCGUCCUGGCGGCGCUCGCGGCCCUGACGGCCGCCGCGCGCGGCCGGUCCGCGUCGCCGGCCCUCGCGCUGGGCUUCUACGCGGGCGUCGCGGCGACGUUCGACGUCCUCGCCGCCGCGAGGCCCGCCGACGGCCCGAUGGCCGCGGACCGCGAGGGCCUCCUGUCGCCGGAUUAA